GUAAGCCCCUCAGAUAAAAGAUAAGACAUAGUAGCGGUGUUAAAAACAAAGAAAAUCUUGGAUAUUUAUUUAGCUUAAAAGUAGUGAGAAAGAUUAGAGAAAAAGAAGAGAGAAUGGAGAAGAUAGAGCAUAGAAACAUAAGCGUAAAUGGCAUUACGAUGCACGUAGCCGAGAUAGGUGAAGGCCCAGCAGUGCUGUUCCUUCAUGGCUUCCCGGAGCUUUGGUACACCUGGCGCCACCAGAUGCUCUCCCUCUCCUCCUCCGGCUACCGAGCAAUAGCACCGGACCUCCGCGGCUAUGGUGACACCGACGCCCCACCUUCCGCCGCUAGUUACACCGCCUUCCACAUCGUUGGAGACCUGCUGGGCCUCCUCGAUGCCCUGGGCCUGGACCAAGUCUUCUUGGUGGGCCACGACUGGGGGGCCUUCAUCGCCUGGUACUUUUGCAUGUUCCGGCCUGAUAGGAUUAGGGCCUUAGUCAACCUCAGCAUUGCCUUUCAUCCUAGGAACCCUUCAAUAAAGCCCACUGAUUCCAUGAGAGCUUUCCUUGGUGAUGAUUACUAUAUGUGCAGAUUUCAGGAACCAGGGGAGGCAGAAGAGGAGUUUGCUCAAGUUGAUACAGCAAAACUAAUUAAAUCAUUUCUUUCAACUCGGAAUCCUGUUCCAUUUUGUGUGCCUAAAGAGAUAGGACUUGGUAAUUUUUUCGAGACUCCAGAUACAUUGCCCUCCUGGUUGACACAGGAAGAUGUCAAUUAUUUCGCCAGCAAAUUUAACCAGAAAGGCUUCACAGGAGGACUCAAUUACUACAGAGCCAUAGACCAAAACUGGGAGCUCACAGCGCCAUGGACUGGAAUACAGAUACAAGUGCCAGUGAAAUUUAUCGUGGGUGAUUUGGACUCGACCUAUAACACCCCUGGUGUCAAGGACUAUAUACACAAAGGUGGCUUCAAAAAAGAUGUACCCCUUUUGCAAGAAGUAGUUGUAAUGGAAGGUGUAGCUCACUUCAUCAACCAAGAAAAGCCAGAGGAGAUCAGCGCACACAUUUAUGACUUCAUCAACAAGUUCUAAUCUAGAGAUUAUAGAUGCAAGUUUGCUUGGUCUAGUAACUGUUUGCAAUAAGCAAAAGCUUUUUAAAGACGACAGAAAUAUAAGCAAUAACAUCUUCAGAAUAGAACUGAGGGUGCACCUGAGGCAAAUUGUUCUGUUUGGUCAGAUGGCGCAUCAGUUUGAGUCUGUUAGUGAAUGUGUGCUAGUGAUUUUCUUUUUUUCGUUUGGUUCCUAGUCCUCCUAUUAACAGAGGGGGAAGAAAUAAGAACAGCAUCCCUCUCUCUUUUUUGGUUGUAUGGGGAAAUUGAGAAGGAAAUGAAUGAAAAAUGAAAGUUUUCCCA